ACGGCAAGCAGAAUCGCACACGAUCGAUCGAGGAUCGUCACCCUAUAGGGGUAAAUCCAACCGGAGGAAGGCAAGGGGAGUAGAUAGAAGGUAUGGCAAGAAGUUCCAUCUUCAGCACGCUGCUACGCCUUGUUUCAUUGAUCCAACGUACAGACGGGAGGGGGUCGUUUGGCGCUCCCGAGUGGUGGCGAGAAAGUUUUGCCUAACCGUGUGUCAGAGCGUCCGGCGUGUUCUCGUCCGUGUUCGACAGCUUCGUCGAAUCAUCGCUUCUUCACUUUUGCAACUUGUUCGGAAUGGAAUGAGGAAGAUGAUGGCUGGUACUCACCUGCGCCACGGUCAUAAACGACCGACAGCGAUGAUGAUGGUGAUGAUGAUGGCGAUGAUGUACGCGCCCAUCACAUGCGCCCAGGCUCGUUCGGUUGGGCUCUCACAUUUCAUUCCCCGAUAGACGAGCGGAGGGCCACCUGCAAAAGUCAGCCUUGGCCCUGGGAACGAGUUGCGUGCCUGCCAUGUCCGUUCGCCGCUGGUGGGGCUUUGGAGCUGAGUGGCUUACGCUCCUCACUAUGGGAAAGAUGCUGCUCGGUGGAAGCAUCACGGUGGUCGCCACCCGAAGCUGACCACGGCCACUCACGCUCACUCACCGCGCUCUCUCAGUCGUCAGUCGUCGAGCGAAACUUGAUCCGUGCACGCCGAAACGUUUCUACGCGCGCCGAACGUUACGCCUGCUAUCUUGCGCAUCACCUUCACCACCACCACCACCACCGAUCCGGCCGGUGUGCGUUACCAGCGAAGCUUUUCCUGCGCAGACCAACCAGUGCGAUCACUUCAUUCUGUCCGGUUCCGUCAACGCGAACGGAUUGCACGAUUGCUGUGCAGAGCGCGAUUUUCCAUUCAAUUUUUCCGCACGUGAGCGACAGCUAAAGAGAGUGUGCAAAGAAAGGUGUCUGGGUAGCUUUUUUGGUAGGCUUUUUUUUAGAAUUGCUGUUUAAUUUAAGUGAGAAAACAAAGUGUUGGCAAGUGGUUUGCAAACGGUUUGAAGUGCAAGUGUUUUCCACCGCUUGCUUCGAUAGGCGAGCUAAUAGUUUUGCGUGUGCUUCCCGUGCUUAGUGACAGUAACGUUCGAGCAGAGCAGCGUGGCAGCUACUAGGAGCACUUACCCAACUCCGACACGACACGAUGUUUGGCAAUCGAUUUUCACUGUUGCUGCUUGGCGCUACCCUCGUGCUUGGGUGCGCACUGGCGGAGAAGGCACCGGCCACCGUCGCGAAAACCAUAUCGACCGACCACGACACGAACGCGAGCCCCGGAGCGUCCCUGGUGACCGGAAAAGCUGUCCGGCUCGGCAAGGCCAGCAAAAAGUCCACCCCGAUCACGUACAUCAAGACGCUCGCGAUGGACAGCAGUGCAGCGCAGUCGAACGAGCUGGACGCAGGAGCGCACCAUCACGGGCCGCACAAGAACGCUAAUCGGUUCGCGCCGAAAUCGCUGGACGUUUCCUCCAAGAAGGAUCUGAGCAACGCGGAGCUGUUCGGCAAGCUCGGCCUGGGCAAGGUACGUCCCGCGACCAACCACCACAAGAAGCGGCUGGCGGAGGAAUCCCGCCACUACGGCCGUCCGGACGAUUCGCACAUGUAUGUCAUCAAGCUGCCCCCGAAUCCGUACUACUACACGAACAACGCCCCGCUGAACAGCAUUUCGGACGUCGGCAAGCAGGUCCCGGUUGGAUUCAAAUCGAACGGCAAACCGGCACGCAUCUACCACUGGAACAUUCCGGUGCUGAAGAAGAUGCUCGGCGCGAAGCAGAGCCGCCAUCCGAACUCGCGCCGCCACGAUGACAUCGACGAGCUGAUCGACAUUAAGGAAAUUCCGACCUGGAGCAAACCGUGGGAGGCGGCACCGCGCGAAAAGUCGCUGCUGAAGAUGGGCUCGCACGAGCGCGACGGGUCUGAUGGGUCGGGGCGGCUGGGCAAGCGCAAGUUCCCGACGUACUACGCGCCGGCCAAGAGGCAAACCGGCGGCGGCAAGUCGAAAAAGCACGCCAGCGGCAAGUACAGCACGGGUAGCAAUGGCAAGCCUCAGAGUUUUUAUAUUCUGGGCGACAAGGGCAGCAAAACGAAGAUCGUGAGCCACGAGAAGGCGACAGCGGGGGUGUAGUAUGGGGCCGUGGGCAAGCGAUUUAAGCUUAGCAAUAGGUAUUAAGCUUCAUACUAACUAAGCAUGAGGAAGAGCAUGAAGGGAAGAUAAGAAACAGUAGGGUAGAUUGGAGAGAACCUCAACCAAACACCAAGCUGCUGUGGCGGGUGGCUAAUGCUUUCAAUUGCUUCCAAAGGACUGUCACAUUUCUUCGACAUUUAUGUAUGAAAUUGCAAAGAUAGAUUUGUUUUUAAACCAUAUUCAAAGAAAGACACCUUUAUCUUACACAAUACUCCAACACUAUCGCAAGCAAUCAAAAUGAAAAAAGAUGAAAAAAAAAACUAGUUAUAGGUUUUAAAACGAUCCACCGUGCGUGUCUCUUCUUACACGAUGGUGGAAGUCAGGGUAACGUCGUCUCCUUCGGAGGAACUUUCGCUUAUCGCAUUAAUUCUAACGCACCUGGUGCUGCUACUGCUUUACUAUUUACUUGUACUUAAUUUAUUGUUUAGACCAGCAUCACAUUCUUCCCGCUAUGCUGCACUUGGAGUCUCGCAUAUUGCGAACGGCACGUGCACACUGUAGGGAGCGUUAUUCAUAAAACGCACGGCAUAUGUAUGUUAAUGUACGAUUUUUAUACUAGAUCUAUUCUCUUGAAUCAAGCCAGCAACCAGCAAACAAUUGAUCGUAUUUCCAGGUGUUGAAUGUUUAAAUUAACGAUUGUUUUUAAAACGAAACAAUAUUCCAAACGAACUGUGCGGUAUUGUGCGAACUGCGCAGAACGUUGUGGUGCUUAUGGGUUGAUUAAGCAAGUGCUUGUAAAUAAACAUAUCUUAAUCUUAUACAAAAGGGUUGAUCUGUACGUAAACCACUCAUCCGAACAGAAUAUUUCAAUGGCGGUAGAAUAUCGGAUAAGCUGUAGUUGCCAUGCGGACUGCAUAACUGUAAGGCGUAUUCCUUUAAGCGAUGCUUACCCUACACCCGAUUCGAUCUAGUGCGCUUGAGAGGUAUGCAAUCUGCUAUACAUAUCCAUAAGGGGUGAGCAGUAAACUUGGACAAACGUACUUACCGACCAUCCAAACAUAAAUUAUUGAAAAGCUAUGCUUACAAUUCGUUUGGUUAACUUUAUUUAAGAUUGCACUAAGUACGAACAAAUUAAAAAAGUAACAUUCAAAUUGACAUAUUCACAAAAAACAGUGUCCAACUCGAUUCUGCGUGUAACCUACGUAGCAGUAGUACACGUAGUCGUAAUAUUUAUCCCAUCCUACUCCCUUAA